AUGUUUUUUAUUGAUGGUCCAAGUGGAAUAGGAAAAACUUUUUUGUAUCGCGGAUUGCUUACAGCUGUUAGAUCGAGGAGUUUGGUUGUUCUAACAACUGCAUCUUCAGGAGUUGUUGUAGGUUUAUUACUAGGAGGCCGAAAGGCACAUUCAAGGUUUACAAUUUCACUUUAUAUUCAUAGUGAUAGUAUUUGUUCAGUGAGUAAACAAUUUGCUCUGGCUGAUCUGCUUAGAAUGACACGCUUGAUAAUUUGGGAUGAAGCUCCGACGAAUUCUCAAGCUGUUGAAGCCUUAAACAAAAUGUUAAGAGAUAUAACUAACAUUGAAUUACCAUUUGGUGGGAAGCCCCUCUUUACAAAAAUAAAGUUACAUCAAGAUAUGCGAGCACUCUUAGAUCCUCCUUUCUCAAAAUAUUUACUUAGAAUUGAAAAUGGAACAGAAAAUGAGCAUUCCUGUAGUAUGAUUAGGCUUUGUUCUUCUAUGACUUUGGAUUAUGAAGGAGACAAUAUUUCUUUACACAAACUAAUUGAUAUUGUAUUUCCUGAAAUAGUUAACUAUUCAAAAAAAAAAUUUCAAGUAUGA